UCGUUAUUCACGUAGCACCGCCCGUGCACAUGUGUAAACAAGGAGCUGGGUGACUUGAAGAAGCGAUAGCGUUAUUACAACUAACGUGACCUCAUGUCACACUGUAUAUAAGAUUCAUAAACAGCAUAACAGCGCUUCAUAAACACAUCUGGAUCCAAAGAUGGCGGCCCCGCAGGCUCAACACGACAGUGACGAUGGCAUGGACGAGUUCAUGGACAAAUUCAAGACUGAGAGAUAUAAAAACGCCUUCAGUGAGAAAAACUGGGAGGAGGAGUUUGAUAACAUACCAAUGUUCAUGAAAAAAGCCCCUGAAGAGAUUGAUCCAAAGAAACACCCUGAGCUGGCUUGUCUGCAGGCCAUCAUCCACGAUGAAGAUAGACCCCCAGAAGAGCAGGCAAAGAGCCUUAAAGAUGAGGGAAAUGUGUUUUUCAAAGAGAAGGACUACAAGAAGGCCGUAGUUUGCUACACAGCGGGUUUGCAGAAGAAAUGUGGAGACCAGGACCUCGACACUGUCCUCCUCACCAACCGGGCGGCAGCACACUUCCACCUGGGUAACAUGCGCUCUGCGUUGAAUGAUGCUACGGCUGCAAAGAAGAUCAAACCAGACCACCUUAAAGCCUUGAUCAGAGGUGCUCAGAGUUGUAUAGAGCUGCGUAACUUUGCAGAGGCCAUCCAGUGGUGUGAUGAGGGGCUCAAGGCUCAUCCCACUGACAAGAAGCUGCAGGAGCUGAGAGCAGCCGCAGAUAAACACAAGAGAGCAGCAGACAGAGACGCCAGGAAGGCCAAGCUCAAAGAAAAAAAGCUGCAUGGUGAGAAAGAAGCUCUUCUGGCUGCGAUAAAGGAUCGAGGCAUCAAGGUCCUCCAGUCUGUGAAGCCUCGUCAGCGUGGUUCAGACAGCGAGGUUGAGGAUGAGGAUGAGGGCUCUUCAGCAGCAAUGUCACAGCUGAACCUGGACGGCCUCAGCUCCCAGGAGGCCACGGGGGCUCAGGUCAUCCUGGACGAGCAGGGCUCUCUGCACUGGCCUGUGCUCUUCCUCUAUCCUGAACACCAGCAGACUGACUUCAUCUCCGCGUUCUGCGAGAACAACUGUUUCAUAGACCACCUGGCGGUCAUGUUCGGAGAAGAACUUCCACCUUGGGACACGGACAGAAAAUACCAUCCACAGAAUUUGCAGCUUUACUUUGAAGAUGAGGGGAAGGAGACACUCUACCAAGUUAACCCAGAAACGCCACUUUUAAAGGUGUUGCAGCAUAAAAGGUGUUUUGUCAAGGCAGGCACUCCCAGCUUCAUCGUUCUUGUAAAGGGAUCGCCUUUCUGGAAGCAGUUUUUAACAGGAAGGAAAAUACGAGGAUUGUGAAAACAUCAGCCGUAAAAAUCUUGGGACUUUAAAUACGCUAAAUUCUCUUUUCAACCCCAGAGACUUAGCCCCUGAGAAAGAGACAAUGGAGAAUAUGAAAGACUCCCGUGGCCAAGAGCAGGACACAUUUGUAUCAGUAUAAAUGAAUAUAAAACAAAUGAGAUCUCUAAAAGUAAUGCAUAUGGAUUCUUCUUGUUUCUGUCUGUACAAAUAUAAAUUGCAGAUUGAAAACAGUGAAAAUACGCUUUAUUGAAGUGUUUAAUUUGAUAAAUGAGAUAUAAACAAAAUGACCAAACUUAAACAGGACAAAACAUGUAGACCAAGAGACGACACCGCCUAGAAACCAACCAACUUUAUCCUUGACAUUCAAAGACUAAUCAGUCUCUUCUUUAACAUACCAGUAUGUCUGCUACAAGUCUCAGCAUCAGUCAGCAACAACUAACAAUUAAUUUGGACGUCAUAAGAAAACUUCAAAGCUCUAUUGACAAAGAAUUAAGAAGUGAAAGCAAGAGACGUGACCAUGUUUUGCUUUUAGAAGGAAGUUUUGAGCAGAGCUGCUUAUUGACAGCUGUACUUUGAAUUUUUUUCCAACUGUUUCGGGUCAUCUAGUAUGAUUACAGACACAGACCUUCACAAGACAAAUCAGACUAAAGAGGAGCCACAGAGCUCAGUAUGCUGCCCUGACGCCGUGUGGUUGGUUCACAAAAACCGGGUCUCUGUGGUUCACAAAAGCGUGAUUUGGGUGUCCAUGAGCCAACAUCACUGGAGGAGGCUGUACUUGUACGUGUAUGGCGUUUUGAUUAAACAUAUUGAUCACAGUGGGAGGUGUACUGCGAUGUAUUAACUCCCGCUGCAUCUGGCACCAGGAGCACCAGGAGCAGAAACAGGAAAUCUGGACGUCCAGGCAGAGAGAACCCUGCAGAGAACCAAAGGAAAAAAUACAGAAAGCUGUAAAUUCAACAGUCCUUGACUUUUAUUAAA